CGGGGUCAAGAACUCCCAGCGUCCCUCGCGAGGGCGGUUCGGUUCGGAUUGAGGGAGCAGGGAGUGCGCGCGCAGCCCUUCAUCUCUCCCUUAUUCAGCUCAGGUUCCUGGCCGUGGUUAUAACCCUCCUCCGCCGCCGCCAUCAUGCAGGAGCUGAUCGCCAACGUCGACCACAUCAAGUUCGAGCUGGAGAUCGCGGUGGAGCAGCAGCUGGGCGCUCAGCCGCUGCCCUUCCCGGGGAUGGACAAAUCGGGAGCGGCCGUCUGUGAUUUCUUUCUCAAAGCGGCCUGUGGGAAAGGAGGGAUGUGUCCAUUCCGACACAUCAGUGGAGAAAAGACAGUUGUUUGCAAACACUGGCUGCGAGGGCUGUGCAAGAAGGGAGACCAAUGUGAAUUUCUGCAUGAGUACGACAUGACCAAGAUGCCAGAGUGCUACUUCUACUCAAAGUACGGGGAAUGCAGCAACAAGGAGUGCCCUUUCUUGCACAUUGACCCAGAGUCUAAGAUAAAAGAUUGCCCCUGGUAUGAUCGAGGCUUUUGUAAGCAUGGUCCGCUCUGCAGACACAGACAUACUCGACGUGUUAUUUGUGUGAAUUAUUUGGUGGGCUUCUGUCCAGAGGGCCCCACCUGCAAAUUCAUGCACCCUCGAUUUGAGCUUCCUAUGGGAACCACAGAACAACCACCACUGCCUCCACCAACACAACCACAGCAAAAGCAAAACAACAACCCACCAUUGCAGAGAUCAUCAUCCCUCAUCCAGUUAACAAGUCUGAACUCCUCUCCCAACCAACAGAGGACUCCACAGGUUAUUGGCGUAAUGCAGUCUCAGAACAAUAGUAUAGGGAACAGAGGUCCUCGGCCGCUGGAGCAGGUCACGUGUUACAAGUGCGGCGAAAAAGGACAUUAUGCCAACAGAUGUACCAAAGGACAUUUGGCUUUUCUUAGUGGACAAUGAGACAUUCAGAUGUACAGCACUUUUUAUAUGGGAGCCAGGUUAUAUACACCACUAUCCUGAACUGUUUUCACUUUUUCCUUAAUGCCUAUAUCAAAAAGACUGAUUAACUGAGAACUACUGAUCUGCAGCCUUCAUUUUGUAUUUGAUUGCUUUUUAAGGGAAGAACUUACAGCUAUUUAAGGACAAAUAAUAGCCGUGGUCUCUGCCUUCAUUCAGAAAACACUGUGGAGCAGGGUGUCUCUCCUCAAACCUGAGUCUCCUUAAAUGCAGUAUUUGGAAUAGGCACGUCCUGUUUUGGUAUAGUCUUCAUUUUUUCAUAGUAUUGGUUAUGGCAGGACAUAGGAAGCAUUAGUGCACAGGACACUGUAUCUUACAUAACUUGUAAGGUGUUUGGUACAAGAACUUGUGGUACAUCAGGUGGAAAAAGUUACUUAGCUACCUGCAACAGUCCCUUUUUGUGUUGUACAGAGGGAAGGUAGGAAUUCACUGUAAUGAAUUGGUUUCUGGAUAAAGUUAAAAAGGCUCACUUCUCAGCUGGUCAGGUGACAAAAAGGAGCUUUUUGCAAAGCUGUUUUUGUGCAAAUAUAGACUAAGAAACCAAAGUUACAUGAAGGUGACUGGUACCUUUUGAUAAUGCUGAUAUACAUGUAUUCUGUUAUAGCUGAAAUCAAAUAGAUUCAAGCCCAGGCAGCUAUUAAUACUGCUACUGUACUGAGCCAAACGCUAUUGCUGCUCUUCUGAUUCAACCUGAGAAAGUUGGUGGUAGAAAGACCAGGGCAUCCAGCCUGGUUAUCCCUUCCAUGUUUAUGGUUCUAUUAACUGAAGGUGGAAACAAGAGCGGAAUUGCCAUACAAUACAAGCUUUACCCCAUGAAAGAACUGCCAUGCUUGCUAGGUUAUCAUUGAGUGUGCCUUUCCUGUGUUCAGUUGCAGUAUUCUGAUGAAAAACGAUGGGCUGAUUUGUGAAAUUUGACAAAAAGCAUGGGGAGAAAGUAAGAUGUGCCUAGGAAAAACAUAAUUAGGCUGCCUCACCCAGGAUCAAUUAAAUCUUUUUAUUAAGUGC